AUGUCUCAGGUACCAGCUCAGACGCCAGUCAGAACGACUCGGGCGAUGGCCAGAGUGACGGGCGAGAUUCCUCACAAGCCCCAAUGGGCCCUUCGUCGGUCGCCAACAAAGCCAUCCACGGCGUUGCGGGGUGCUUAUGGCAGAUCAGUCACCCCUUCGGGAAGGUCGGACUCUCCAGAAGAUCUUUGCACGAAUCCAAUGGCACGUCUGCUGGAGCGUGCCCGCCGCAGAAGCAGUCUGGAGGCUUCCGAUGGGCUGGGCACAAGUGAGCAGGCCGAUUCGCGGGUGGAAGACCCGCGCAAGCAAGCGCUCCGCAACUCUAUCAGCAGAGACUCUCCUCCACCACGAGAUGAGACGUUUGACAUGGGAAGAGGCGAGACAAUGGACAUCGUUGAUCCGAGUCGACGCGCACAUCGCGGUCCGCUCACCAAGACACCCGAAGCGAGGCACCUUAGAGGCAGCAACAAUAAGAUCUCUGCUGUCGAUCGGGUGACCGACGACAUCGAUCAGCUAUCUAUCUCCCCGCGCAAGGCGCCAUCGAGCACUGCGCGGAGGCUGCGCGACACUCAUCUUGACUCUCAGCCAGGCAAAAGCAAAGCAGACUUAUUGCCACCCGCAGCACGUGUGCCAGCCUCUCGAAAUCCAAGAACGCAAGAUAUAACGCCCGUUCGAGCACCAUCGCCCGUCAAGCGAUCUGCUCUGCGGCCAACGAUUCUCUCCACAAAGCCCAAAGCGUUCACUUUGACACCGCACCAACGCUCGCGCUCAGAAGCUCAGCCUGUGUCUGCUGAAUCGGCGGGAGAUGUACCCGCGGCUUCUCGAUCACGAGGCAGAAAGCCGCUCUACGCGGAGCAGGGCGCGCAGCCCUUGGUCAAAGGCGAAGAAUCCGAUGACGAGCUCAACAUCAUCACUAAGCCCUCAAAGUCCUCUCGUGGCGCUUCCGGUCGGCAAGUCGAGCGGACCUCGUCGCCCUCCGCUCGUCCGAUCCUGCCUCGCCAGCAGUCAGAACCAGACUCGCCCCACGAUCGCAGACCGGUUCUCCCACGAAGCUCUUCGAGCCCUCGUCUUUCCGCGCAUGACUCGCGAGAGGGUAGCCUCCAAGCAAGGCGGUACAAUCUCGCCAAGUCUCAUGGCCGCAUCACAGACAACAACGACUCGCCCCCUCCGUCGGUGAGCUCAAGCUCACCCCUGACCUCACCAUCCGAGGCGAGGAAGCGAGCUGUGGGCGGACGGCUGCAGGACGGAAGUGUCUCACGAGUCACACUGACGAAACAUGAGAAUGAAGAGUGUGGAAGCGAACCACCAAAGCGCUCACCUGAGCGCACUUUGGCUCGCCUUCAGCAACUCGCACCAGUCCGUUGCGAUGCGCGCGGACCCACAGCAGACGCCCCCUCGCAAGCAAGCAUAUCGACCUGGCGCGAUCCAAGUAUCGUCAGCAUAUCUUCCUCGCCGUCGCAAAGAGCCAAUAGAGCGAGCUCAGUGGACGUUCGCACCCCUACACGCGCCUCUGAAAGUCCUAGCGCACUCGCUGUGCUCGAAGCCAGCCUUGAGCGAUUAGCCGCAGCCAAGCGUCGCACCACGGCCAGACCGCACUCCGAGCUGUUCACCCCUUCCAAGCGCGAGAUGCCAGAGACCUCGGCCCCAAGCACUUUGGAGUCUUCGAGCCCUCUGAGCAGUCUUCGACCCACGCUUGGAGACGCUACAUCGCCGCUUCAGAAUCGUGGUCUGAGCUCAAUCGAUGUAGCGAGUGGCCUGGUCAAGCCGGCCAGGCGCAUGCCUGCCGCAACGAAAGAGAGAGAGGCGAUAAGCCAGCAUGUGGCAGAAGCUCGUCAUGUGCGGCGUCGGCCUUCUGACCCCGUUCGAGCUGCCCAGGCAUACUUUGAGCGCGCCUUGCGUGAAGAGAGGGAAACUGCAGGUGCCGGUGGUGAAGAGGACGAGGCAGCGUCUGCACCUAGCGAGGAGGGGCUUCUGGCCAGGAAGCGCGAAGCGAAACAGCAUCGUCGCAAGAGCGCAUACACUUACGUGCCAGCCAAGCGCGACUCUGUGGAAGACGCAGAAAGUGUCGGUCAUUCGGCGUUUUGUGCCGACAUAGAUGCGCCAGGAGAAGCAUCAACGCCCACUUCUCCAAUCAAGCGAUUCACACCAGUCACACCCAAAACGGCACGCGAUGCAGCCAGACUUGCAUCUGCUAGGUUCCUGAGGGGCUUGCACGUUGUUGUAGAUGUGAGGGAUCAGGAUGGAGAUGAUGCUUCUGGCUCUUGGAUAGAGAUGCUACGCGGCGCUGGUGCAAAAGUCACGUCGAGGGUUCCCUCUAUGAGCAGUCGAUCACCAAGCCACAUCGUCUACAAAAGCGGGAGACCAGCCACUCUUCAUUACUUUCGCGCGUGCGAUGAUCCCAAGCCCCUGCUCGUAGGUGUCAAUUGGGUGCUCAAGUGCUUGCAAGAGGCUAGGCGCGUGGAUGAAGAGCCUUACUUGGUCGAGAUAGGCAAAGAAGCCGUCUUUCGCAAGGUGAGCCGUAGAGCCAUCCAGAUGCAGCUGCACAGCAUUCCAGAAUCCGCCAACGUAGCUGACACGCCUUGUGACCCUUGUCUGACGUCAUGAUUUUGUCCACAGCGUCGAAUUUCCAUGGCACCGCGCGCAGCUCCAGGUGCAUUGCUCGAUGACCAGUCCUGUAAGCCGGCUCGCUUUUACGAAUGCUUCAUAGAGCAGCAAACGCGCUGCUGGUGAUGGUGCUGACGCAUUCGCAACCAAUACUCUGCUUCCCAAACAGCCCGUGAGACGUCCCCCGAAGAGGUCGCAGCGCUCAAGGACCGCCGACUUGCUUUGGCGCACGCCCCUGCCGUCCCGAGUCCACUUGGUGCGAUGGCUUGGAGGCCUGAUGCGUCCACCGAUGGAAGCGAGAUGGCCUUCUGA